AUUUAACCAAUGUUCGUGUUAGUGGUCAAUCUGGGAAUCUUUUGAAUGAUUUACUGGGCUUUGACGAACAGUUUCUAAUUCCUGACAAUACGAAAAAAUCAGAGUCGACUCCUGAUAACAUUUUGGAUGAUUCUUUGGUAUUAUGUGAGUUUAAUAUUAGUUUUUUAAUACAUUCGACCCUCAGAGUUCACAUAUUGAGCCGUCCUCCCUCAAUUUAAUGGGAGAUUUUGGGUCAAACAUGGACGAGUUGGUUGAUCCGCCUCCCUACAGUCACGACGACUCAAUGUUCAUGUCAGUAAAGGCACAAAGCCAAGUUCAAAGGACCAAUUAUUCUUGGAGUUGUAAAGUGAGUUCAGGGUGUCUACGAAUGGAUGUUUUCUGGAGUAGAGGGGAAGCUAUUAUUGCCAAAGUGGAUAUUUUUGGAAGUUCAGCACAGCAGUUGGUGUUUAAAAACGUGUCAGUCUCAGAAAAUAGUUUUGGGCUAAUUGUACCGUUUCAACCUCAAGUUAUAUCAAACUCACACAAUCACGUGUCUUUUGAGACAGCAAUCAGUUUUCAGCAAUGUUUUAUGGCAAAAUCUCCGACUUUAAUCUACCCAAAGGUACUUUUUUGGACAAUUGAGAUAGUUUGUGGUCAAUAUGAACCAAGGAGUUAUCCAGACGUUAGUACACGGGGCAGUUUUGUUCGCCCCGAGUGGAAAUUUGGCUAA